AUGACGGUUGUUGACGAGUCCGGAGUCCAUUCUGUGAUGAUUAGGUUUUGUAAAUGUCCAAAUUCCCGGACCCCCGACAAGCAGCUAUUUGAGCUCGGCAUGUUUCCGGCAUUAUUUACCAGACUGAAGACAGUGUUCACGUUCCCUGUGCUAAACAGUUUCCUUCUAGACAAUUUGGAAUGUGGAACUUCCGUGAUGAAUUACUACAGCAAACUCCGUCGCAUGACAUCAAGUGUAUUCCCGCAUUUGGUACCGGAUCGACAAUGGCGUCAGCUCAAAUUUCUGAAAUGGAACGGGUUCGGGCACAAGAGCCGGCAACCAAAUCUGGGCAAACUAGCUCUAUUCUGCCCGGCCUGUCUGCAGCCCAGUGUAAAUGUCCCACAACCCACUGAAUGUGAUGGUAAUCACCCGGAUUGGAUCUAUGCUAGAUCGCUGGUUAUGGACGGGAACUUCAAGGUUGAACACUUACAUCCCACUCACCCAGAGGAUGAAGUUUGGCUUACCGAUGGCCGUUGCUUCAUGGUGACAAGACAAGCAUACCAGUCUCAUCUCACCAAUGCCAAAGAGGUCAUACAAAUGUCGGAAUGCAACAAUCAUCGUGCGGUGAAUCAGGCAAACAUGUCCCGACAUAAAUUGGAAGCGACCGGUAUUGGCGGUUGCGCAUGCGCUCGACACGGCUGCUUCGUACCUCACUCUAUUGUUGAUUUUCAAAAGGGUGAACGGUAA